UCCCCGCGUGCGACCGGCUGACUGGCGAAUGAGACUCGGCGUUCUCCCGGCAAGCCCAUUGUCUGCAUUGAGGCGCCGGCGGGAAGCGCGAGAGAAGCGAAGCGAAGCGAAGCCAGCGGCGGCGGCCUCCCCCCCGCACCCCGAGACGCGCCCGCGCGCGUACUUACACCAGAGCGAACCAGAGGCACCGCGGGAAGGCAGCUGCGCUCUGGCGCGAUGCGGAGCGCCAGCAGCCGCUCUGCAGCUGCUGAGAGAGGGAACCAAGGACUAGCCCCGGCUCGGCACCUCUGCAGCUGCUGAAAGGAGAAAGAGGCUAGGCCGCCUCCGGAGACUCCCAAGUUUGCCCUUUUGCCCUGACAGGAGGAGCCUUCCCGCCUCUCCCGCAUGGAGACUCUGAGCGCCGUGAGGGCGAAAGUGGGAGCCAGAAGCCCCGGUGGCUGCGAGGCAGCAGGGACUGGCGAGCCCCAGCCCGUUUCCUCUUCGGGUCCAGCUGGCCGAGGCUCUCCCGCAGCGCCGGCGCCGGAUUCCCCCGGCUACAGACUCGAGGACCUGGAGACCUUGGCUACCGUGGGGACAGGUACUUUUGGGCGGGUUCAUCUGGUGAGAGAGAAAGCUGCUAAAUGCUACUUCGCGUUGAAAGUAAUGAGCAUUCCAGAUGUUAUUCGGCUAAAACAAGAACAGCAUGUACACAAUGAAAAAUCGGUUUUGAAAGAAGUGAAUCAUCCAUUUCUGAUCAGAUUAUUUUGGACUAAUCACGAUGAACGAUUUUUAUAUAUGUUGAUGGAAUAUGUACCUGGAGGUGAACUUUUUAGCUAUCUACGCAAUAUGGGACGCUUUAAUAACAGCACAGGACUGUUUUACUCUGCAGAAAUAAUUUGUGCAAUAGAAUACCUCCAUUCAAAAGAAAUUGUUUACAGAGACUUAAAACCAGAAAAUAUUUUAUUAGACAAAGAGGGGCAUAUCAAACUCACGGACUUUGGCUUUGCUAAAAAGCUUGUUGAUAGGACAUGGACACUGUGUGGGACACCAGAGUAUCUUGCCCCAGAAGUCAUACAAAGUAAAGGUCAUGGAAGAGCAGUAGACUGGUGGGCCCUGGGCAUUCUGAUAUUUGAGAUGUUGUCUGGAUUUCCUCCAUUUUUUGAUGACAACCCAUUUGGAAUAUAUCAGAAGAUUCUAGCUGGUAAAAUAGAUUUCCCCAGGCACCUGGAUUUAUACGUAAAGGACCUUAUUAAAAAGCUUCUUGUGGUUGACAGAACAAGACGAAUAGGAAACAUGAAGAAUGGAGCUGAUGAUGUGAAGAGACACCGAUGGUUCAGGUCUAUAGACUGGGAUGCUGUACCACAGAGGAAAUUAAAGCCUCCUAUAGUGCCGAAAGUAUCAAAUGAUGGUGAUACAUCUAAUUUUGAAGCUUACCCUGAAGAUGACUGGAACAAAAUACCACCAGUACCUCCUAAAGAUUUAGAAAUUUUCAAAAACUUCUAAAUGUGUGAUACAACAAGUCAUUAAGAAAUUGGAAGAAGAUUGAUGUGAUAGGUGGGAACUGGAAAAGAAGAACAGAAAAUACUUCCAAAAAUGUCUUGAAAAUGAAUAUUACUACAUUAUGCAUAGAUUUUUUAAAAAGAAAUAAGGUUAAAAUUUGAAAAAUAGAUAAUAAUCAUCUUCAGUAGUAUAGAAUUGGCAUUAGUUCAGUUUUAAAAAAGUACUGAAGCACCUACCCUGAUGUGUAGAUAUUGAAAUUAUAGGGUUUUUAAAUUCAAAGUUAGAUUUGUUUAUUGCCAUGCCCAAAUUUAUUUGCAUAGUUACUUCAUACACUAAUUAUGUAAGUUUAUACUAAAAUUGCCCUUUAAAGCACAAGUUAGUAUAUAUGUAUAUAAUGAAAUCAGUACAUCUAAAGCACAGAAACUGUGCAGAAAUGUAAAUUUUUGUAUUUUACAGAGUCUAUGGUUUUUAUUCUUAAAUGUUUUCCAAGAUGCUGCCUAGAAGUAAAAGAAAUCUUGAAAUGAUACUUGUUUCAGCAUCUUCUAUACAUUUUAUAAUUCUUUGUAAAAAGAAAUAUACACAUAAAUUUUGAGAAAAUUGUAACAUUUCCAGUGCUUUACACCUGCAGCCAUACAUCUUGAAAGCUGAAAGAUAAAAAAGACCUUGUGCAACAUAUUGUACUAUUUUCCCCUUUCAGUAUGCAUGGUAUUGUCUUUACAAAGUUAUGUUAAAGUGAUGUGGCUGUAUAUCCUAAUUCUUCAUGACUGCAUACUAUGUAAAAGGUAUUUUUGUUCAUUCCUUAUUUUUAAGAAAUUAUAGCAAAAUAUAGUGAAACAAGUGUUGUUGAUGGGUCUAGGGUCUGUUACUGUUUCAGGUUACUGAAGGUCAUCAAAACCAAGCUCCGUAUCCAAACAUAGAUUUGUACUCCAUUAUUGAAUAAUUGCAAACUUCAGUAGAUAAAACAACUUAAGAGCCACAAUUGAAUGUCCAAUGUUACCUGACAUUACCUUUAACAUGUUCUUUACAUAAUCAGCUUUAAGUUGGCAGUCAAUUUAGUGCCCCUUGGCAUUUGUUUGCCUUCGGAUAUCUACUUUGGCACCUGCCAAGCAUCCUACCCACAUCUGACAUUUUAGAAUUCUUUUAAUUAAAUGCAUAUACACAUAUCCAUCACGCAAUUCCUUUUUGGUUUAAGUAACUUUAUGCAAAGCUGCAGGAAAAGGGUGAGAAGCAGUGAGCAAAAUAAAUUAAAGGCAGGAGAUAAAAGAAGAAAAAGAAAUCUAAAUGUUUAUUAAAUAGAGAAGAGGCUGUUUUAAAGCAAAGUCUGAGAUUCCAAAAUAAUUUUUAUUCCCAAGAUAUGGCACCUUUUGGUCCCACAUAUACUCUACAUCUAUAGGGAUUCUUAAAAUAUAAAAAUGGGUGGGAUAGUGGCAGCCCAGUGUAUUAUUUGGAAAUUCACCCACUUGCUCGUGUGCAAGGGAGUUGUUUUAAAAGCACACUCUCAAAAAUUCAAAUGAGUCUACUGGGCCAGAAAUUUGCCUGCCUCUGUAUCAUCACAUGAAUUUUUAGGGGAUGAACAUCUGUGAAUUCUUCUGAAACUGAAUAUUCUGCAUUUUAAACCUCUAUAAAUGAGAAUAACUCGUGCAAUUUGUCCUGCCAGAAUAAACCACAAAAGUAGAAUAUAAACUGCAGUGUAAAAAUAUACAUUUAUUAACAUUAAGCUAAGGAUUAUUAAUCUGCAUUGUUCAAAGCAAUACUACUAUUAGGGCUUUGAGCUUACCCAGCUUCCAGAUAAUCUACCUAUGUAUGUUUAGAAGUUGUUUUAAUAUCCUUAUUAAACUACUGAUUCUUCUUCCCUUACUUGAUAUCACAUUGGUAAUAGUCUGUACGUAUGGGAAUUCUCUACUUUUGACAUUGAUUUUUAUGAACUUCGUCCGUAGACCAUGGCUGUGAUUGGCUUGAAGCCAAAGCACUCCAAUAACCUCAGCUACCACUUUUUGUGGAGACUGAGUAUGUUUCUAAAGUGCACGUUUAGCGACCGUUCAUAGUUAUGAUGGGGAGGAAAAAGCUUUGCAACCAAUCUUCACAUUUAUGACUUGCAGGUCUGUAAAGCAAAGGAAAGCUGA